AUGACAAAGAUUGGUUCCUAUUCAUUGUCGAGUGACGAUACCAAUAGUAGGUCUAAGGAGACUUCAUUUGUAGAGGAAACAGCUGAAAUGGAAAAUAUCGAUAAAACAGAAUACUGUGAAAUACCAGAAACGGUAAUUAAGAAGCAGGAUGAUAUGAAUUCAAUAGUGGCACGAGAAACAGAGGAGCUGCUGCUGCAAUUACUGUUACUGCCACCACUGCCGCUGCUGCCGCUGCUGCUGCUGCCGCUACCACCACCACCACCACAACAACAACAGGAAGUUGCAUUCUCUUCACAUCUACAAGACCUUGAAGAUGUACCCCAGGGCCGUCAUUUGGGACUAUUUUCUACAAUAAUAUUAUUCAUCAGCAGGAUAUUAGGCAGCGGCAUUUUCAGCAUCACCAGCGGGAUAUAUAUCGAUUGUGGUCAAAGCCCAUUUUUGUUCUUUGCUGCUUGGGCCUUGGCAUGUGUUGCUUCGUUUGGCGGGCUUUAUGUGUUUUUGGAAAUGGGUUCAUUAGUCCCGAGAAGUGGAGGUGCAAAAGUGUUCCUUGAGUUCAUUUAUGUCAAGCCCACUUUAUUGGCCACUGUUGCAUUUCUGAUAUAUUCAGUAAUGUUUGGAUUUACCAUUAGCAAUGUUUUGGUUUUUGGUGAGUAUUUGGUUCAUGCUAUUGGGGUCACAACAACACCUUGGAGAAUUAGAAUCACUGGGUUGGUUUUCCUUUAUGUUGCAGCUUUGAUCCAUGGCCUAAGUGUCAACCACGGAGUUCGUGUGCAGAACUUCCUAGGUGGAUUGAAAUUAAUUCUCGUGGGGAUAAUGGUAAUCACAGGGGUGUACGUAAUGGUUUUUCCUCAAAGUAUUACUGGAAUCGAAAGCCAACUAAAAUUUGACCAUACAUUCUUUGAGACAAAACCUAAUGCUACAGCUUCCAUUUCAACAUUUUCAAGUGCUGUAAUCAAGGCGAGUUUUGCAUUUAGCGGGUGGAAUUCAGUCCAUACCGUUUCUAAUGAGAUCAAGAAUCCUACACAAACUUUUAAAAUUGCAGGCCCCGUGUCACUAGUAAUCAUGGCUAUAACUUAUUUCAUUAUAAACCUAGCAUACCUAAAAGUGAUACCAAGUGAAGAUAUAGUCAAUAACUCAAUACUAGUCGGGUCAAUACUUUUUGAAAGAAUUCUUGGGCAGAAUUUGGGACGUCAUUUUUUAACUUUUUCAAUUGCAUUAUGUGCUGGUGGAAAUAUAUUUGUUGUCAUAUAUACUAUAUCUCGUGUUGAUCAAGAAGUAUUUCGAGAGGGAUAUCUACCAUUUUCCAGAUUCAUGUCGUCGAAUUGGCCAUGCGGUGCACCUUUACGUACACUCAUUCUCAGCUGUACCUUGACCACUUUGGUCAUUAUUGGAUUCCCACAGGGUGACAUAUACAGUUACAUGGUUUCGCUAGAAGGGUACCCCCAACAAAUAGCCAUUGCACUAAUUGCAAUUGGCAUAUUCAUCAUAAGGAGAAGAUAUCCUUUGUUACAUGCUCCGAUAAGAGCAGGGUAUGUGGGAACAAUUUUAGUGCUAUUAAUUAGCAUAUAUCUUAUUAUUGGACCAUUCAUUUCAAAGGAGUCUCCCAAUCCUAAGGGACUAGAGUCAUGGCCAAACUAUGGGUUGGUUGGAUUGAUUUGUGUUUUGAUUUGUAUUGCCUACUGGUUUGUCAUGUUUAGAUUAUUGCCAUAUUGGGGGAAAUAUACAUUGGUUGUUGAGGAGGAAAAGUUAAGUGAUGGAUUAACAGUUAAGCAUUGGGAAAAAGUUUCCAAUUAUGAGGUUUUGCCCUAA